GCCAACGCACGCCUAGAAAACCGGCAGUGCAGUAGGUGGGUAGUACACUUCUCGUAUCUGCAAGCUAGGGUUCGGAAACGCGUUGAAAAAAUUGGGUCAUGAAGAGUGUCGUCUAUUACUUUAGCUGGAUGAGAUUUCUCUGCAGCGUUUGUUGCUCGCAAUCUUCUAAAGGUGCCAAUCCAGAUGCAGGGACAUCGGUUGCACUCUCAGCAUCUGUAUUGUCCAGUUUUCCGCCUUCAACUUACAGUCGGAUCUAUUUUUCAUCCGCAACGAAAACGAAUAAACCAUCAUUGCAAACAAUUACUAGUUCUUUACUUUAUGUGACUAACAGUUUACACACUGGGAAGAGAGAUGACAGCUCUGUGUUUGCAACAAGACUGACGAGUAAAGAUACUCUUUCAUUACAUCUACUGAAAAGUUCCCGUGAUCUGUCAACAACUGCAAACAUACCACUUUCUUCCACUAGUGUGACUGGUACUCGCGUUUUGGUUGAUUCUGCAAGCAUUUCACCAUCUCCGACUAUUGUGAUCAACAAUGGCUUUUGGAUCGAUUCUUUAAGCAUAUCACCAUCUUCAACUAGUGUGAUCAAAAGCAAGUUUUGGGUCCAUUCUGUAAGCAUGUCACCAUCUGAAACUACUGUGAUCAACAGUCGGUUUUGGAUCGAUUCUUCAAGCAUAACACCAUCUGCAACUAGUGUGACUAAGAGCAAGUUUUGGCUCCAUUCUGUAAGCAUGUCACCAUCUGAAACUGUGGUGAGAAACAGUAGGUUUCGGAUCGAUCCUUCAAGCACAACACCAUCUGCAACUAGUGUGAUCAACAGUAAGUUUUGGGUCAAUUCUUCUUCUUUAAGCUUGUCACCAUCUCAAACUACUGUGAUCAACAAGUCUUGGGUGAAUUCUCUAAGCAUAUCACUAUCUCCAACUAGUGUGAUCAACAGCAAGAGUUCGUUGAAUUCUGUAAACAUAUCACCAUCUCUGACUAGUGUGAUUACAGGAUGCAGUUUAGUUACUCCUGCGAUCUCUAAUGGAACCUCAAAAUCUUUGUCCGUCCAACCUGUUGCAUCGCCAAUGCCGAGUCAAAAUGCAUCGUCAUUGCUGCCAACUGGAAUCUCCUAUUAUUCAACACCAACACCUGCUGUUUCCAAUUCAGCGAAAUCGUUCCUAGAAAAUAAAACAAUUGUUCUCGUGAUUAUCGGUAGCAUGGCUGGUAUCAUUGCCAUCUUAACCAUUCUACUGUUUGUGAUGUUGAAACUAUAUUUGAAACAGAAACAUACAGUCCAUCUCAAAACAGCUGACUUGAACUGUGGACGGUAUAUCGGAUCACAGCCUAAUACGAUCAAGUCUGAAUACUUCAAUGUGGAUGUAGAAGGUCGAUAUGGUUGGGUGGCUCCUGAAAAUUUUACAUCUAACAUAGGAUAUCAUUCAGUAAGUGGACAGCCAAGUUCAUUGUCAGUGAAUAAUACGUAUGAAGAGGUCUCUAAAACACAGUAUUCCAAUAAAGGUCAAUACAAGUAUGGAGACACCAGGGUAUGAGUUGGUUACCCGUUUAGUCAUUUAUCGCUUAUUGCGUACCAGUAUGUUUGUGGGUUUAUGAGGUAGCUAGCUAUUGCAUGUGUAGAAUCGGUAGAUGAGUUUGCUAUCUUGUGAAUGUUCGUUUCUGUGAAUACUGAAGAUUCAAA